AUGGAGUCGUAUUCGCCAGGUUAUCGUUUCGUGCCGACGGAUGAAGAACUCAUCGUUGAAUACUUACUAAGGAAGAUCGACAAUCAGCCUUUACCAGCUGACGUUAUAAAAGUCGUCAACUUUUCCGAUCACGGUCCCGAUACUUUGACACCUACGUUUUACGAUUAUUUUCAUCUUAAUUGUAUUGAGGCGAAUAUCCACCAGUUGGACACAUGGGAAUGGUAUUUUUUCACGCCGAGGAUUCGAAAGUAUGCGAACGGAUCGCGGCCCAAUCGAACUGCAGGCAACAGAUUUUGGAAAGCUAGUUGUGCCGACAAGGCUAUUAAUUUUAAUAAUAAAAUUAUCGGACACAAGAUGACUUUGGUUUUUCACGAAGGAAGAUCUUCAAAAGACGGGAUUAAUACCGAUUGGAUCAUGCAUGAAUAUACAGCUAUUCAUCCUUCCCGGAAUAAAAGAGAUGCCAACGACAACAUGAAGAAUGUUUUGAAAUCAAGCAGUAGUAAUAAACGGCGGGCGAAUGUUCAAGAAAAUCAAGAAGAAGAAGAACAAGAACAAGUUGCAGUACGAGAAAACCGAGGAGAAGAAGAAGUUGUUGCAUCACAUUGCAAUAUCAAUCACGCGGGCGUGCAAUUAGUCGUUGAAGAUCAAAAUCAAGAAGAAGAAGUUUGUGUUGCUAAUAAGGAUCAGUUUUAUAGAAUUAUUAAUAAUAUUAAAGCGGAGAUGGAGAUGGAUCAGCCAGACAAUAGUGAACUACUAAUGUCGGCUGGAGAAAAAGAAUCGUUCUUGAAAAUUUAUCAAAAAUAUCGCACAUUAGUUGGAGAUCGAGAAAUUAAUCGCGCGGGCUGCAUGCAAUUAGUUCAAGAUCAAAAUCCAGAAAAGGAACGAGGAUUUCGUAAAGUUGCUUCGAAAUGA